AUGGCCAACUACACCCCGACACCGCUAUGGAAGAUGCGUCUCCUCUUGAUCCACAAACGGCGCUGCAACAGUUCGGCGCUGCAAACAGCCAUCCUGGAUGUGGACCCACUAAAGCACAAGGAGUUCACCGGCCAUGAGUUGCAAGCCGACAUCCUCCCAGAUGACAGCUUUGAAAUGAUGGACUCAGAAGACAUCGAAACGAUGGACAUAGGACCUCCGGAUUCCGGUCAAAAGUCAGCACUGGCCCACAAGCUUGAAGUCAUGAGCAUUCCGGUCCUUCUUUCUUUGCUAGCACUAAUGACCGUCGCAUCUGCGGGACUGUUGGGUGGCGGCGGCGGUGGUGGUGACGACGACAUUGGCUUGGCCUCGAUAUCGUAUGUCAAGACUCCUGUCGUGAGCGUCAAGUACGUGGCCAAACCAGUGGUCAGCUACGUGGCCAAGCCGGUGACCACUGUUUCGCACUCCUUGAAGCCCGUGGUGACCUACACAAUUUCUGGGGGCCAUGGCGGAUUCGGAGGCGGUGGAUACGGUGGAGGUGGUCACUCUGGUUGGCCUUGGUGGUGAUUGCAGGCAUGUCCAGGACCUCCUCGCUAAUCGCUGCUCCACGAAAGAAUAUUUACCCUAAACAAUGAUUCGCACGGUAUCCAGAAGUAUUCAGAAGCUCCUGAUGAAAUUUUUAAGGACUACAACUGGCUCUCAUAGCUGAUAGAGAUACGGAGAGUUGAAAAAGUCGACUACAGCCUGCUUUGUACAAACUAUUUUAUUAAAUAAAUAAAAUGCCUGGCCUGCACGAGGUUUCACUUAA